AUGAGGAAGAUUUCAGGCCAACUGCUCUCUUCAAAGCCCGUUUCUGUUUCUACGGCAGCGAAACUCAUCAGCGACUUCGCCGCUUUCGACAACGGCUCCUCCGCCACCAUCUCCCUCUACUUGCAGCGCACGGCCGACGCCUUCAAUCACUUACUCCAAUUUCACGACAAAAACAGCGACGCCCACAACCCGGAAAGGGCCCAUCAAUUGGAGACAUAUUAUCUGGAUACAAGCCCAGAUGGAAAGACAGUGAAUGAUUCCAAUAUAAGAGGGAAAAAUAAUAAGAGGGCUGCUGGAGCAAACCCUAAUGAGGAUUUGGUAUCUGAGGAUAAAGAAGAGAUCAAGGAGGAUCCCAAAAAGAUGAAGAAAAAUAGGAGGAAGAAGGACGGUUCCAAGGAGGAGAGCAGAAAAAGGAGGAGACUUGAAGGUCAUCAAGAAUCAUAG